GCACAAUUAGUGUGAGCACAGGCUAGAAGCACAGUCGGAAUUUUCCUAGGAUGCCCAUCAUGUGAUGAAGUUGUUGAUGUAGCAGGUCGAGGGAGCUCGUAGCUCGAUGGGCUGCAAGCCAGCACACCCUUGCGAACAAGUGUGCAUUGGACGGAUGCGAGUUGGGGUGCGAGCACGAAGAUCCAGCUUCAAAAAGAAGCUGCGAGCUUGCAUCGACAUAAACGCAGCCACCGACCCGACCCGCCUUUGAAUCGCCGUAACCUCCACAAGUGGAGGCAUCCCAAGCUCCAUGCCCGAGCGCACGGACAAGCGGUGGCCCAUAAGAGCCACAGACCGUCCGCACCAUGAUACCACCAUUACCUGGCGAUGGCGGGAUCGAUGACCCUGGAGCAGCAUCACUUGCCGCCGGGCAGGAUGGCGACACUCAGAAGCAAAAUCAGCAACACGCAGUCAAGCUCUCCACAGAUGCCGAUGAGUCUGGCCUUGGGCCCGGGGAUGCUGUCCCUGGGCCUACAUCUGCCGACGAUGCCGCUUUGAUAGCCGCAGUCACAGCGGCUGCAGCUGCAGUCUCUGCAAAUGCUUCUACAUCACAGGUUCUAAUGACAGGCAUCGAAGCUAUUGCUGGAUCUCAGCCACAUGAGGACACCCAGUCUUUGGGAUUAACGACUGGAGCUGCAAUGGCCAUUAGUGACGAAGAUCAGCUGGCCAAAAGUCUUGCGUUCUUCCAUCAGCUGGCGGCAGAAGGCGAGUUACCUGCUGUCGGUAUCGAGGCGCAGUCUGGAUUUCCAGGAGAACACGACCAGGAUGAACACAUGCUGGAUGUGUUUAGCGAGCAGGGACAGGCUGCCGAGCAUGCCCAGGACGAUCUUCUAUCAGCCUUUACCAGCGCUGCGCAGUCUGUGGACGGCGACGACAUCGGCAUGGGCACCGGAGCGGGUGUCAGUAGUCAGGAAGAUAAAAGCAUCGGGGACUGGGCAGAGGUGCAACUGCAGAACGUACAGCUUCCGUCGUCACCAGUGACAGAGGAUGGACACGGCGCCACACGUUUGCCACCUGACACAGGCGCGCAGCCUCCCAGAAAGAAGAAGCGGAAAAGCGGGCGGAGAGGGGUCAAGAAUGGCGAGCUUACACCUUGGCUUUGUACAGAAUGUGGGCAGAGGUACAGCCGAGCCGAGUUCCUUCGGCGACAUGCCCGAACACACGAGAAAGCCAAGCCUUGGCUGUGCCAUUGCGGUAAGAGUUUCGGACGUAGCGACGUGCUCACGCGGCAUCGGAAGCAAUGCAAAGAAGCGGAGCCCCUCAAUCACACGCCAGGCGGCGUCGGCACAAACAAGGGAGGACGGCCGAAGGGCCAGUCAUGCGCUCAGCUUCCGGCCUCCAGCAAUCGGGAUGUCGCGCUUGCGCAGCAGCCGCAAGUGCAGAUGCAGGAGUUCCCCUCUUCUCAGCCGAUGUAUCUGCACUCCACGCAAGCGGCGCAUCUCCUGGCAGAGGCGCAAGGGACGGAGACGGGCGCUGCCGUCACCGCUGCAGCCGCAUCAGCCCCGUCGCAACAGGAUUUCUGGGACGUGAUCGAAACGAGCAUCGCGCAACACACUGCCGAGCUCGCUCGAAAGGCGCAAGAUAAGGUUGCUGCCGCCCCGGACCAAGGGGUGGAAGCGGAGCCGAGGCCGGGGCCUACGCCAACGGCGCUGGAGGACAUGCAUGGCCUAGUAAAAGACGACAAAAAGGGCAGCAGCGAAGGGCGCGCUCUGGCGGAUGACACAGCCGCGCUCGCAGCUGCAGUCUCUCAUGCAUCUCAGAGGGAUGGCGUCUACGCCAUCCUGGAUUUCACGCACGAUGCUGCGAGUGACAACAGCGGUUGUAUUGCGCACGCACAGGCACACGCACACGAGGCCUCUUCGCACAUCGAUUCUGCGCAGGGAGCAUCGAGAGUUACCCCUGCCGAUACUGAGGGACCCGCGAACGUUAUUGGUGGCGGCUCAGCCUCUUCGCUCACUGCCGGCGUCUCGGCGUACGCGAAUGCGUUCAGCAACGAGCGGAGCAGAUCACCGGUGGCUGAUGUCGCUAUUGCUGCUGCGUGGUCACCGUUACGAAGCGCCAAAAGUAUCGUUUCUUCCGACCCUGCGCUCGCGGAUUGGACCCUGGCAGGGCAUGCGGGCGCUGCGCCUUUGGACAUGAGCCACGCGCGUAGCCUAGGCGGCGACAACAAGGGAAAUGAAGCGCCACAGGACUCGCUUCAGCGGCCUGAAGCUCGUGGUCACAUCGGGGAGGUGGAGGCGACGGAGGCUAAUGACCACGCCGAAGUCGCAUCCGAGAGCUCGGGCGAAGUUGCAGAGCUGGGCGCGGGAGAGCGGCUGCGGGAGGAAGCGCAGCGUAGGGGGUGCCAGUUAGAGGAAGCUGGACGCCUGAGGAGCGGAGAGGCUCAGCAGCAGCAGCCACCACCAUCACAAUCACAUUCGCAAGUGCAAACAUCAGUGGUGGACGUGUCGAUCGGGGGUCCAGCAGCGAGAAUAAGCGCUGACCAGCAACAGCAUGAGCGGGACUGGACGACGGUCACAUGGGAUGCACCAACUCUGAAUGCAUGCUAGCCGAUGAACUUCGUUCUCCAAACCCAUGCAAAGGGAGCUUCCCUGGGUUCGACUCCGGUCAUGAUGGCCCAGGACACCUCUUUCAUUCGCUGCGCGAUCAGCAUCUCUAUCCCUCCGUUAAUCGUUCUAAUUGCAUGCCCCCAUCCGUUUUUCUUGGCCAUGACCAUCUACACCAUUGCACUUACUUCACAUACAAAAAUUUGCAUUUGCAUUGCAUGUAACACACAUAUAGUAGAAUGUAUGUAUUCUGAGAGCACACCAG